CCACGGAGGAGCAGGAUGUCUUCACAGAAAAUUCGCUGCAAGUUUGCGGGAAGACGUGUAUCUUGUCAGGUGCUUUGAACCAGUUUUAAUUCAGAUUUUCUGACUUAAAGAAUUUGCAACAAUGAGCAUCUGUUCUGAAGAAGAUGCCACUGAACCCAAAAAAGAAAAAAGGAUGCGGAAGAAGAGAUUAUUAAAAAACCUCCAGAAUCAGAUUGAGUUUUAUUUGGGGGAUGCAAACCUUAGACAUGAUAAGUUUUUGAAUAGCAAGAUUGCAAAAGAAACUGAAGGAUUUGUGUCAAUCGAUCUCAUCGCAAGCUUCAAGGAGGUUAAGAAAAUAUCUGAAAAUUUGAAGCUAAUAGUGAAAGCAAUUAAAAAUUCACCAUUAUUAGAGAUGAAUGAAGAGUGCACUCUUGUUAGGAGGAGAACUCCACUACCCAAGCAGGAAGAUGCUGAAACAAGAACAGUUUAUGUUGAACGACUCCCACAUUUUGUUGACCGAUGUUGGCUUAGAGAUGUCUUUAGUUGCUGUGGACAUAUUGAGUAUAUAAGUCUUCCCAGAUACAAGAAUUCAAAGGAGAUCAAGGGUUUUGCAUUUAUUGAAUACAAAACUGAUACAGAAGCAGAAAAGGCCUGUCAGGUAUUCAACACUGUUUACUGUAUGACGAACAAACCAAAUGGAGUUGAAUAUGACAGGCACAGUAAAUCGAACGACACAGAAAAAAACAGUGUUUGCCGGUCGAAACGGAGGCGCACAUCAUCGUCAGCAUCAUCUGCUGGCGAUUGGAAAGACGACGCGGGAAAAAUACAGGCCCCUAGGAAACGACAUAAGCUAUCGGAUCAUAAUUCUGAGGACAAAUUUCUUUGUAGCAAGGACGAUUCUAAUGAAAACUUGGAGCAUUGUAGUGUUAACCGGCCUCUUAUUGAAAAGAACUUAGUUGGUGCUAAUACUGAAGCCGAGACUUGUAAUAAGUCAGUUCCAAUCAAAGUGGAGGCCAAUUGCAAAAAGGACGGCAAACGAAAACGGAAAAGAAAAAAGAAGGUCAAGGAAUACAAUGAAUUAGAAAUUCCUCCCUUGUAUGUGAUAUCAAAGAAAGAAUGGAUUCGCCUGAAAGAUAUUUAUAAAUCACUACAAAAGAGCGAAGCGUCAAAGUUAAAAAAGAAUGACAAAGGAGAGAAGUGUUCUUGCAAGUAUGGUGCUGUAACUAAUCGGAGCUCGUCUAAGCGAAAAGUUUUUGACGAAAGAAGUCUCCCUAUGCUUAAUGGCAAGGUCUUCGAAAUGGGAUGCCUCGCCAAUGAUGCUAUCCCUAAAACUGAUGAAAUCCAGAUCAUCAAAGGUGAAAUAAGUACACGAGAGUCAAGUCUUCAAAUGAAUUCAUCAGGCCCACUCACUUAGCAAAAGUUACCUCUGCCGAGGCAAGAGAACACCCGUAAGGAUCGGAAUGGCUGAAAGAUGGCAAGAAGCUGUCCAGACUCAGAGUCGGUUAUUAGACUCGAGGUUAGGCGUUUCUCAAAAGAGCUAAUUUUCAAGAAUGUUUUCCAAAAAGGCCGUUGUUAUACAAAUACAGAAGCGGCAGAAGCUCGAUGAUCGGUUCCGGAAACAUUUUAAGAAAUUCUUAAAGAAGAUCAACGAGGAUAGAAAAUUUCCUUUUGAGGGCAGUUUGGACGUUUUUAGUCCUUUGUAAGUAUUUUUCCGAAGAGAUUUAUCAUAAAGUAUUAAAAAGGCUAAACUCUAAUGGACAUGUUCAAAAUUUGCUGUAAACAUUAUUUUUAAGUAAACAAGAUUCAGUCCAGUAAAAUGAUAUUCAUGAUAAAUCACAUCCGUUUUCCACAACCGAGAUUAAGAAUGAUAAAAGGAAAGCAAUUCCCUGACUCGCCAUAAACUUUGUAAAGUUUUUUGCCACUUCGAUGCAAAACCAGUCCAGGCAUGUUGAUUUGUCUUUCACAGGUCGACCACAGCACCGUUUCCUCAAUUUAAAAUGUUGAUAGUGCGAAAUCUCCUCUCUCUGUCGCUAGUAUUGCACUGUACAAGGAGCUCAGCUAUUUUUCAUGCGAAUUGUCAAGUAUUAUUGACAAGCGAUGAUUAACAAUGUUUCUCGCAAUGUGAAGAUGUUGUACAAAGGAAUUUUUCAUCCGUUCGUACAAGCAAGAAGUUAUUCAUGCCACCCCUAAACGUUUUAUUCCUGUUUCCUUAGAACUUUAGGACAAUACUGUGGUAGAAUAUUUAGUCUUGUACACCAAAGUUCUACUUACUACAUCUGUAACUCGUUACGAAUUUAACAAUUUUUAUUGGGGGUUUUUGAAAAGCAUUUUUCUUUGAGUAGCAAACCUUCCCGUUUCCCAAAUUUGUUUGUACAACCGUGGAUAACUAUGUUUUUAAAAUUUCUCGUUGAUAGUUUCAAUAUUUCAUAUGCUUUUCGAUUGCAAUGAAAAUCAUCACCA